AUGCACGUUGCAGCCACGAAAUCUCAUUGCGCACGCACUACCACACUUACGGUACGGCUUAACUCGCGAUGGGAGGGAUCAGAGGGCCCCCGUACCGAUCUCAUUGUCACUCGAGCCGCCUUCACACACAGGGGUAUUAGUGCCGCUCAGCAGCCGACAUCUCCAGGUAAGGGUCCGAGCUCUUUGUUUAUCAUUUAAUAGAUAAUAAAGCGCACAGAUUUUUAAGAAAAAAGCAUGAAUGUACAGUUUGAGGCAUUGAAAGCAUCACUAGAAGCUGCAAAAGUUGGUGCAACAAACCAAAGUGUUAAUAAACGCUGGAGCGCAAUCUUGCGUGGUGUGAUGUGCAGUUAUGCGUGAUUUUGGAAAGGUGGAAUGAGCAUUUUUGAGAUUUUCCAAAUGUAGAAUUGAAGAAAUAGAGAGGCCGCAUUUAACUAAAAACGCGUCUGAUGGGUAAAUUCGCGCUGUCCCGCUGCGUUCCUUUCCGCGACGCGCUCGUGCUGCUGCAGAAACCUGCGCCUUUUGUUCUGGUCCACGCCUGGAUGGUGCUGAAACCGGCGCAGCACACCGGCUACUCACCGCAGCGCUGACCUGUAAAGAGAGGCUGUGAUCUAAAACAUGAAAAGGCGCAGUUUAAAGAAGUCAUAUGAGGAUGUAUUGGCGCAUUUUUUUCGCUCAUGGGCACACUGGUUAUGGGAGUUGCCCGGCUCGUAGUUGGCAUCUCGUGUGAUGAUGCCCUUGCAGUCAUGACCAGUCUGCACCAGUAGAAGGAAAUAGCCUCCAGAGCUGAUGAAUUGCGCUUUAAAUGCACUUUAUCAGUUUUCAAGUUGAUUUUUUUUAUUAUAACCAAAUGAAACUGAAAAAAAAACAUCCUCUGAUGAAAUGCAGUUUAAUUUUUUGUAUGCAUUCAGCUGUAAAACCAACAUCCAACCUCCAGACUUUCAUUAAACAUGGAUAUACUCUCCAGACAAGCCCCCUUUCAGUGUCCCCUCCGCCACAAACACGCCAAAGGGGAGGCCGGAACUGUAGAUUUCCCAUGUCUGGAUGUGAAAACAUUCCUCUAUGAGAAGGAAUUAACGCUCGCAUGAAACUGCACUCCAUUUUCUUUGCGUUGGCACAUUCCAAUUGCAGCCUCACACCACUCUGAAUAUGGGUACACAUUAGGAAUAACACUUAAAUUAAUAGUAUGUAAAAGGGUUUUGGUGCAACUCUUGUUCCCGGGUAACCUGACCACACAUGCCAUGUUUACUUGGCGUGAACUGAAAACUCCUCUGUCUAUUUCAAAGCAGAUUACGCGGUUUUUGGCUCGGACCAAAUGGAGGUUGACAAAGUGCAUUACGCCGGAGAUGUGUGUCAGGUAUCACCUACUCCUCCUGGAAGAACAAGCCUCUAUCGGGCCAGAUUGGGCUGAGUCUAAUCACUGCUGGAUGGAGUAAUUGAAAUGACCUUAAUCAUGAUACAACAGAUUGGGUUUGUCUGCGACUUAUUUAGAUCUAAAAUGAAACCCGAGAGUGUUUGCGAGCCAUACGUUUCGCCACUUCUUGAUUUUCCGACCACUUGGAAACCCGAUCCGCUCCCUUGCACCAUGCGGGAAUGCUAAGUACAUUUCCCAAAGUCAACUCUGGUUAGGUGAGCAGUCAAAGUCCUGAAACCACAGAACCACUGCGCGCUCCACUGAAAUGAAGACAUGCCAUCUUGGCUUGUUGUUUCUUUUGAGGAGGGAACGAUGUUUAGAGUAAAGAUCAGUUUUUGGAUUUGUUUGUGGAUGAAUGUAAACUAGGUUGACUCUUUGCUUAUUUAUAAGGAGUGCGUUUCCUUAAAGGCCUUUUGGAGGCAUUUAAGUGGCGAUUUGGGUUUAUUUUCAUACGUUCACAUGCAAUCUGGUAGAGUGUCGGCAAAGUAGGUGCAAAAAGAGCUGGUGCAGGUGUAGCCGCAGGUGUUCAAGGACUCAGGAUGCCUCUUUGUUCCCCCCCAGCUCUUUCCUUUUAGCGCUACAGGUGUCUAAUGUGAGCUGGCAGAACUGUGCUACAGUCCGUGAUUAAGUCCUGAGUGUGAGAGGAAUCUUAAUCUAAUUCACAUACGUCACAGGAACCAAACGGCCCACUGACCUGCAUGUGGAGCAGACAGAUGCUUAUACGCUUUUCCAAACACACACCCUGCUUUUUGGCGAACUUUAGUGCUAUUCAGCAUUGAGGAAUUUUUUGUUUGUUAUGGACUUAUCCGACGAUGGAUAUGGAGAAAAUUGGGUUGGAAAAAUGCUGAAAUUUUCCAGAGACACCUUGUUGAUACUUUCUCACUGAACCAGUUUUAAAUAUAUUAAAGGUGCCAUUGUAAUCUUUGGCAGAUGUGUCCAUACCUCUGUUUUGGUGCAUUUUUUAAAAAAGUUUUCAAAUAAAACACUGAGCGUAAGUUUUAAAAAAUGCGCUGCCAUAUUGUAAACAAAAAGGAACUAGAAACGUUUGGCGUUACAUAUGCAAAUGGCCAAAAUGGGCCGAAAACAGCAGAAUAACUCUUUAACCGUGUGCCUGAGAGAAAAGUUCAAGUGCGCAAAAUCAAAGAUCUCGUUAAGAUACACGUGCCUGUAAAAUUUUGGGCAGAUCGGAAAAAGUUGAUGUUCAUGGCGCUCUGUAGGGGGCGCUAGCAAGCCAUUUUUUAUCGUUUUUUUUUUUGUAGGGUCACUUUAAAACAUUGGGAUUUUGAUGUUACUGAAGUAUCUUAUUGAAAAAAAUUGUCUCAACAAAGACUUUGUUUGAAUAAAUACACCUACCGUAAUCUGUUUUGUAACUAGCUAACAUAACGGUAUUUCAAUUUCAACAAUCGCAGAUGGUUUUCAUGCGUUUUUAUUGAAUCAUCUCUUGGUUAUUCUUCUUUCUUGCGUGAGUAUUCCUGGAGCUGAUGGAUCUUUCUUAUCGAGGACACAGGUGUCGAGUUUAUUGGGUUUGAUAAACACUGUUAAUCUGGUGUUAAGAUCCCCUGUGUGACCUCUCCUGCUCAGGAUGGUCUUUCUUACCGUUCAUCCACCCCUGUUGUCCAUGAAUCAAAGCCCCAUCCACGGCUCAGUAGCAGUAAGUCUGCCAAACGAGCCCUGACAGCCAGUGUCUCAUUUCAUUCCUCACGGAAGAUGCCCCUCGACAGAGCGGACUCUCAUGCGGGGCGUUCUUACUCAGAUAUUGGCAUCAGUAAUAUUCUCUGUUGCCUUGAACCCUCUUCUCUGGAAAGCUUCUUUUAUUUGGAGCUGUUUCUUGUGGACCGGUGCCCAACAACGCAUUCCAAGACCAAAAAAAAAAACAGCUAGAUGUUCACACGGUGCUAAAACAGGAAGUUUAUCUUACAGGUCUGUCAUAAAAUCCAGCUCUCGAAUCGCUGUGUGCGGUUUCACGCCGCUAAUUGGCGGAGGAGAAUGUAGACAUUUGGGCUGUUGACAUGUUCUGGAUAAUAUUAUGGUGGUGUCUGUUGCUCUAUGCAGCCAGCUGGGUCCUGCAUCUGUUUUAAUGUUUGCAGAGCAGAAACACUUGGCUGAGUUUUUAUUGGCUUUGCAGUUGAACGUGUGUAGACAAUUUAAUUGUGUGUUUUUAUCAAAGUACAUCAGACAAUUUAGAUAUUUGGAGGGUUUUCAAAAGUUAAGGGAAUUUUAACAUCAACCUAGAGGCUAUAACCCUUGAAAAAACAUUUAUUUUCCAUGGCGACUGGUUUGGUUGGUCCUGAAGUUAAUGAGCCGUGGCUUCUUCUGGAAUCAGCCAAGUACCUGCUGUUUGUGGUGGAUUAGCUUUUUAACCACGCUGCGCUUUGAAACGUGAAGAAAAUUUAAAUGAAGUGCGUUUUGAUCUAAGAAUAUCAAGUUUGGGGGGUUAUCCAGCUCAAGAAAUCCGGGGAUUGGCUUGACAAAAAAGACAUUAGAUCUUCAAAGCUCAAUGAAAAUCCAACUUGUCCAUCCAAAGCAGGACUAUUCAAGGGUUCAACAGUAACCUAAAUGAUCUGCUUGAGGCCGCUUUGCAGUGGAUCCUGGCCUGGUUUGUCGGACCCUGACGUGGGCAUACGACAGAAAGAAACCACUAAUGAGGCUUCGCUUCUUCCUAAAUGGACAAGGGACCACUUCUUAGCCUAGCAUAGCGGCUAAGUCAUUUAUACCCAGGGCUUUUAUGAUUUCCAGAUGUUGAAGCUAAACAGCUAGAUUGUUUUCUCCCGAACCUAAAAGCAGACUUGCAGCUUAUCCGUCUCUGUGGAUGGCACUAGAGGAAUCAAUGAGCUCCAUUGUUGGAGGUCCAUGUAUUGUUUGUGCGUACAGACUCUAUAUCGAGUUACCGCAUGGUUGAAAACAAUUAGUCGCAUCUCCAUGUGGGUGUGUUUUCCAGUCAAUCCAUUGGAGAAAAUGGGUCUCCCAGUGAAAAAAAGUCUUCAAGGAUUCAGGAUGAAUUUCCUCUUGGGUCCUUAAAUGAAACCAGAACAUCUAUCUCUCUGUGUUUUACUGUGUUUUUUAAGAGUCCAUCUCUGUUUGUGUGCGCAUCUGCUUGUCAGGGCCGAUUCUGGGUGAAUGGAAACCCCCCAGAUUCACACAGCAGCUCUGUAAAGCCAGUGUGAAACAUAGAAACAGAUGGACAGCAUGAAUGCAUUGAUGGUACAUCACGUUCUGAGGAGUCUGUUUUUAACUGGACUGGAGGAACACAGCAGCUGACUGUUUGAGAAAGACCUCCUGGCCAGCUUCCAGGAGGAGUUUCUACUGGACCGCCACUGAAUAUGUCUGAAAAGGGGCAAAUCAGACAUCUGCACUUUGACACGGAGGACGGAAAGAUAAGAAAUGAGCGCUUCCAAGACAAACGCCAAAUAAAUUUAGCCUUUCUGCUUUUCUUAGCUGAGUUGCACUCCUUGUACUCACACAGUACACUGUGGUAGGUUUUCCAUUCACAACUUUCCUCCUCCCCGGACUGCCUGUGUUGUUCAGGAGUGUUGACUGAGCCCACUGCCCCAUUGGGAUCAUCAAGGGCCCCCCUCACCAAGGCAACCCCUGCCAUGGAAACUAGCCCUCAAAGGAAUGACCCCUUUGAGUACAAGUGUUUUGGACCCUCUUGCAGUGAGAGGAUACAGGCAGGAGUCGCCAUUUCUCAUUUCGAUUCCGCCGUUUGCCUUCAUCAUAUUCUUAAUUUCUCUUUUGACCUGGGACGAACCCUGUUGGGACUCGGCCUUUGACCCUACCUCACGUGUUCCCUUUUAAUUGGCAUGGCAAUUAUAAUCCUUGCAGAGGACCGUCAUCCUUUCGCAGAGAUACAAACAAACAGACCUUUGUUGCUUGUUUGCUCCAGUUUGAUGCCAAGGGACGAAGCAUACAGACCUAAUGUAAAUGUACGGCAGCACUUGUAUCCUCAAGGCGCAGUCUAGUGGAGGUUGGGUGGGAGCGCGAGCCGCCUCAGGUCGCCUCAUUAAAUCAAAGGGCAUAAAUCCUGGUGGAGAAGGAGAGCCGAUGGGUUUACGUGGAGGCAUCAACAGAUGGUUGAGAGUGGUCUCCAGGGGAGGAGAGUGCUCUCUUUUUAAUGCUGACAAUGGCCGGUGAUAAACUGGGUUAUAAACUCGGGCUCAUGGGACUAGAUUUCCAUGCGCUGCUCCCGUGUGCGUUCAUUUGGACGGUUUGUUUGUUGCUAUUGUUUAAGUCGUAAGAGCCCAGUGACCACGAGACUGCUCUUUGAGCUUUAAACGAAAAAUUUAGAUAGGCUAGAUCGGUCUACAGGGCUCGACAGUGCGACCAAUGGAUAUGUGCGAAUUGUAAAAUGUAUUUGGGGCACGUGUCAGCCGAGGCAACAGAUAAUUUUUCAUGUAAAUACCGCCGUGAAGUUAGUUUUAGGUUCGAUAUUCGAUGGACAUUCACUGUGGAUCUACCGGUGUCUUCUCACUCUUUAUACCCGGUAAUGGCAACAGCAGCGCAGUUUAAUCUACUCGGCACCCUCACUGUCAAUGUCGGGCGUUGAAUAAGGGACCGUCAAUAAAUUACCGGUUGAUGUUCUCAGAAAAGGCUCCUUUCCAAGCUUCCAUGUCAUGUGACCAAUUGACCUCAAAUUGAUCUCAAUUAAUAGUAGCUACUUAUGUCAACCAAUCAGACACGACUCAGGAGCACAUGCGCGCCUUGUAAAAAAAGUUAUUGCCAAGCCCUGGUCUAAGUGGCGUCAAGUCACGUCAGUCAGAGAAACCCGGACUUCUUUGUUGAUACCAGCAUGUUCAGUCCAAACAUCACAGACUUGAACCUCAAAGUUAUGUCGCUCUGUAUGAGUCCUGAUGUUAUCUCUGUUGCUGUCAUGUCUACGGGAGCGUUCGCCCUGAUUCGUAUCUCUACAGGCUUGUCCCUGAGUUGUUUCUCCAGAAAGUUAGAAGGAGAAAGGAAGUAAGGAGAUUCUCAGUCUUUAAUUAGCUGUUUGUCUUGUGAGAUCACUGCCGUGUAAAGCCACCAGCUUUGCGCUGUUUCUUUGUCCUGGCACCGUGGGUUGCCAAUUAUUGAUUUUGUCGCUCCCAAGCCUUCUUUUCCUCAGCUCACCUAUCCCCUGUGGGGAGGAGGGAUGGGAGAGAGGCCCCCCCGUGGAUCUACAUGCCCACAUUCAGAUGCUAAUCCCCUGCCAUCUGCUUUCUACCUCAGGGGAAGGCUGCACGUGAUCGUUCCCCGUCUAUGGUCACUGCAAAUUGGGAGUAAAAUCCCUCAGCAUCUUAUGCCUUGAGGGCUUUGCCAGGCUGAUUGGCACCUCUGCACCCUAAUCACAUAGCACCCCUCCUUUUCGCUCCCUCAGUCCUUGUCCUUCGCCAAACAAGAGGUCAUCAUUUGAAAAUGCUACAAACCACCCAAAGAAGUUACCGCCUUUAUCCCUGGGCAAUGGACCCUCACAUAAUAGACCCCUUUAUCUGCCCGACCCCGUCACAUCGGCUGGUCAAAGAGGCUUCCGGACAGAUGAGUUAAUCACUGUUACUGCGGUGACGUAGGCUGUCAGGGUCCGCCAGUCCUCUAUCUGAUCAAAUGAAGCAGACGUGAUUUACACCAAAGUUCAGAAUUGUUUUAGUUUGGCUCCCACUCAGUUUGAGUGGGAACGCUUCUCAGCCUUGUUUUUCUGAGUGGCUGCGCCUCAGCUGGCUUGUGUGGGAUUGUGCUUUGGUUUGCAGCUCCAGAAUGACAUAAUAGAGAGUAUUUUGGCUGCUGGAAGUUCCACCUCUUGCUUGAAAACCAACUCCUUCCCAAAUUUUGUCUUCUAAAUCUGAAAAAAAAGGCGUAGAUUCUCAUUAAUGCUGUUGUUAUAUCUAAUUAUGCGUUUUGUUAUGCCAGGAGGACUCAAAGACAUGAUCAAUUAUGUUUGCAUGACAACCAGGUCGACAUCUUAUAUAACUAGCGUGAGAUAUUUUCUCUUGGCAGGAGUCUUAUAAAGUUUGAAUUUUUGAGUGCUCGGAUUUAUUCGCCACUUUUUAGCACUUUUUUUCUGAACACAGGGACCCUUCAGGAUCGAUUCAAAGCUGCUUAAAAGUGGCGUAGGCAGGAUCUGAGGAAGUGCCAGUUUUUGGGAGAGAUCUUGAAUGUAAACAAUAAGAUCCUGAAGCGUCCCAAUUGUUUAUGCUGAUGUUGACCCGGCUUCUUAGCUCUUGUCCGGGUGGUCCACCUCCGUUUUAAGCGCCCGUUCUUCCACCAGAGUCUCCGUUAUUUACUUCAUGUUCUAGCUUGUGUUGGCAGUCGUGGCCAAAGGAGGAUUCCGACAAUUUUCCGAACUUUCUAUUUGGUUUCUACUGUCCGGUAUCGUAGCACUAACUUUGUUUGGGCUCAUGAACGUUAUCCGAGGACAUGGAGCGUACCUCACAACGAAUCAGGUCGGGGAGGUGGAGAACGGCUUUGUUUACAUUUAGAAAGAGCGGGCCACUCAAAAAUGUUGAAAUGUUGACUACACAGACAUAACAAAACACAGCAAUAUCUUGAUAUUCCCGAAUGUCAUCAAUAACUAAUAGCUCUUGACUUGUAUAUAUAUAUUUGUAAAAAAAGAUGCUUCUUUUACGGAUUCCUGCCUACCCCACCUUUAACCUGAGGGUAAAGGAUCUAAACUUGAGUUUAUAUCAAGCUUAACUAACAGUUAUGUUGUGUUAAUAGAUUACUUUUGCGUAAACACUCUCAUUCGCCAAUUUUUGGUGACUUUUUGGCCUGGGCACAUUUUCGUGAAGCCAACAUUUACCUGAAAAUAUUACCAAAUUAUGAAGAAAAACUAUCAAAUGUAAAUAUUUAGCUUCAUUAUUCCCCAAAGAAACAGAUUUACAAUUUCUUAAUUUAAGUAUGAUACACAAUCUCCCAUCAGGGUGUAAUGUACCUUAAAAAAUACACGCAGAAAUGAAAUAUAUAAAGUUACCAGCUACAGAUAGAAGAUAAGUUUUCGUACAAACAGGAAAAUAAACUCUCCUGCUCCCUCCAGCCUUUAUCUCCUGUAUUCUCACCACCAGCUCGCUUCAUUUCUGCUGAGUCUCAAACCCGGAGACACAGGCUGCGUUUUAUCUGUACGAACUCGUAUGUUCUCCAGCCCAGCUAUUUCCUGUGCUGGGCGGCAUUCCCGUCAACAGACAUGUGAACCAGCUGUGAUUGGAAACCGCAGAGGGACGCAGCUCGGAGAUUCAAGACGCUUUAAUCUGCGUCCACAUCUGAGCAGUGAAAACACAAAGCUGGGUCUGGUCGAGCCUGCUUUGCAUCAUUCUGUCUACAUGAGAAACGAGGGUUUUUGCAUAUGUGUGUUCAAGGUGAGAGCCAGACUCGGCUGUAGACAUCAGGUGUCACUCUGCGGCAGAGCGGCGAAGGAUGCCUCAUGAAUGCUGAUGCUGCACUGACAUAAGCACUGCCGGUGUCCCUCUCUGACAGAAACCUACCUGCGCUGAGGUCGGGCUUUUCUUUGGCUGCAUCAUCACUUUCACCGGACAUAAAUAAGGAAUGACUCAUGGCGGUAAUUUAUACAUCUGCUUGAUUUUAAGCGAAACCCUGAACUUGCAAGUUUUGUAGGAAUUAUAGAUCCCUACAGACGUCCAUGAAAGAGGGAGAGAGAGCAUCUAGUCCCUGAAUAUCAGCCUUUAGACGACAUUGUACCGCUUUAUAAGUGUGACGUGCUUUGAUCCUGACGUCACCAUGUCACCAGAUGGACUCGUAUCCUCAGUAUCAAGGAUGUGUCACCGAAAGCUUUACUUUAUAAAGCCUCUAAUUAGGGCUGCACGAUUAAUCGAUUUGAUUGGAUUAUUUGAUUAUGAUGAUGUUAAAGGGAUAUUCAGGUGUAAAAUUUAAGGGUCAAACACACCGUAACACUGAGUUAGACACCCCCUCGAGAGAUGAUUGUUGCCGACCGCUUGCCUCUCUAGUUAUACCAACUUUAGUAACGAUCGCACGAUAGCAAUACACAGCCGUCUGAGGAGCCAUAAACAAACCUCAACCAAAACGCCACUCUAUAGCCACAAAUAAUACUCAGAACAGCACCUAACUUCAUCAACAGUACAUAUAGGGUCCCAGCCAUAGUACUAGCCACCAAACAUCUUUUUAACUUUGACUAAUUUCUUUAGCAAAGAGACUAAACACAACUCACCUACUCUCUUCCAGCAGCCGCCUGUUUGUAGCAAGACCUCAGGCCAGUCCAUUGCAGACUACAGCGGGGUGCCGCAGCUCAAGGAAGAACAUUUAUGAUCAGUACUUUAUCAUUUCCUUAAAGUAAUAAUCAUCAUAAUAAUCAUUUUGCUCUGCAGACGUAGUAGUUCUUCUGUCUUAGCGUCUCAGUCUGAUUCCAUUUCCAUGAAGAAGUGAUCAAAAAUGUUCUUCCUUGAGCUGCGUAACCCCGCUGUAGUCCGUAAUGGACUGGCCAAAGGUCUCACUACAAACAAGUGGCCGCUGGAAGAGAGUAGGUGAGUUGUGUUUAAUCUAGUCAAAGUUGAAAAGCUGUUUGGUGGAUAAAUAUUUUUGGCCCUACCUCUAAUCCACCCCAGUUUGAUCCUGAUCAAUUCUCGCUCUCUGACAAAGCGAUAAACGUGACUUUUCAGACACGCCAUGAAAAAUGCGAGACGUUUGACUCUUAAGUAUGUCAAGUCCAGGAAGUUAAUGAAGGAUGACCUCAUCUGGACGUCCCUCAAGUACUCUCAGUCAUUACCGCUCCGGUGCAUUAUACCAGGGAAGCUCCUCGGCUCUUAAUAACCCGGGCUUCAUUCAUCACUCUGUUCGCUUUUCUUAAUGGAAACCAGGACGAGAUCCACUCCCAGGCAACAAACCUCCUCCUCCUUUAUUCGCCUCCUGCUUUUAUUAACGGCCUCCCAGUGUUGUUACCUCCCUCUGCGCCGCGUCCACACUCUCACCGCAGUCUUGCUGUGUCAUUUACACUAAUAGCGUGCACUUAGAGAACCUCGAAGUGGAAUACUUCCUGUCAGCGCAGCAUCUGCUAUCAAAGUGCAAACUGUUGAGUUGAUUUAAUAGUUUUGUUAUGUCUUGUGCAUUUUUUUUCCAGCUGGGAAACAACAAGUAAAUGAAUCUAUCAUGCUAAGCUUACUUUGGCCCGACUUCUCACAGCGUAAACCGCAAAUGACACCGUUAAAGUGCGACACUUGGACGAAACGUGAGGCGGAAAGAGAGAAGAAAACCGAGCUUUUCUUAAAAACUUGACAGCCAGUUACAGUCUAUCAUUGCAUCUCUCCACGCGGAGUCAGAUUCCAUAUUUAUUUUCACUAGCCUAUAUUUUGGUUCUUCUUGCCUACAUGAUACAGCAGCCCAGCGUGUAUUUAAGCUGCAGUGGGUCUGCAUUUAAACAAGGAAAGCUCUUUAAAUAUAGGCAGGAACAGUUGGCUCCAGCACCCAAGUUGCAUAAAGUGACCAAAAAGAUGCGAAAUAACGUCCUGAGAGGAAAUCAGAGGAGCUUUUGGUACAUAAACAAAUCAACUCUGAUUAAUGAGUGAAAGUGCAGCUGCCAACAAAGAGGAAAUAAUCCCCAAACUGGUUCUUAAGUAGCAGGUGGAGAUUUGUUUUUAAUUAAAAAAAAGAAGUCACAACUUUACACGUUGUUGUUCAUUUAUCACGAGGGUGUUUCUCGUCGUUUUCCCCGCUUACAGCAGCCAAAAGUCAACAUCAUCUCUAUUCCUCAGCCUCAAAUCAUGACUCAUCCUCUUUCUCUUCUUGGAGACAGGGCUUGCUUGUUUUGGAUGUUUUACUGACAGGGCGGUUUCAGGAACGCCGGAGCCGCCCCGUAAGUCUUGACAGCUGUUGACUUCAGCUCAGGGAUGUGUUUGCCUUUCUUUGUUUGUCAUUUAUUGGUGUUUAUACUCGGCCGGAUCGAGCUGCGUGUUGGCGUGCCGGGACACUGACCCGCCUGACCAGGAUGUGGGUCCGUGCUGACGUCUUUUUUUGCUUGUUGUUUUUAACGCCAUGUGGCGUUUAUGUACAUGUGCAUGCUCAUUUAUAUGCAACUGUAGUCUGUGAGCAGGUUUGUAAGCAUCUCCCUCCGCUGCAGUAAAAGUCCUCUGCAGCUGCACCCCCUCCUCCCUCCUUCCCUGCCUGUCUAUGAUGACUUCCAGAAACUUCCGCUCUUCACUCGGUCUCAGUGACACGUGUGUCCUCUUCUCUAAGCAUGAACGCCACGGUGACUCAGGGCCUGCACGCCGCACUGCAAACACUCCUGCACGUUACAUUUCUGAGAGUUUGGAGACAGUCAGCUUCCGAAACUUUUAUUUUAUGCACAGAACGUUGGAUUUUAAGUUUAUUCGUAAAAAAAAAAAAAUAAUAAUAAUAAUCUGUAAUUGGUUGGAAAAUAUGGUGGCCAAGAAUCGCCACUGCUGCAUAUAAAAAAAUGCAAAAAAAAACCAAAACAAAGGAAAACGGAAGUUACUAAUGCAAAAAAAAAGAAAGCAAAGCCCUCUGCAAAUAUAAAAAGAAAUGGUGCGAAUGAAAAAAGCCACAACAGAAGAUAACGAGGCAAAAAAAAAACGAAGCCCGGUGCAAGUAAUAAAAGAAACGGUGCAGGAUUAAAAAAAAAAGCCACAACAGAAGUUAACGGCGCAAAAAAAUGUGGCAAUGGAAAAAAGUUACUCACUAUAAAAAUAUAAGGAUGCAAAUAAAAAAACUGGAGGAUGUGGGUGUAGUGUUAGCUUCAGUUCAACUUCAUAUCAACUCAGGCGCUACAUGGUCUAACCACGCUGAAAAGUUUACGAUGCGAAAUUAAACGCUAACCUUUCCACUUCCUACCUCGUCUUUUCACCGUCAUCUUCUGUGCCUAGUUUAUAAAACACCGUUGCAUCCUCACGACUGGUCCCCUCACUUUUUUUUUUUUUUUUGCAUCCUUUUAUUUUCGCAGUAAGUAACUUUUUCUUUUUUUUCCAUCGCCACUUUUUUUUGCGUCGUUAACAGGGUUGGGCAUCGAUGAGGACUGGGACUAACUUUCUGAAUCUCCCGGAAUCAUUCAUAUUUAAAAUUUCGAUUCCAAGUUUCGAUGCUGGAGUCCGCCAACCGGGAAGAAAUAGCCGCCGAAUACCAACGAGGAAGACGCCGCUAAACACCAACGAAGAAGGAAUCGGAAUCAGAAUCGUUCAAAAUCACACGACACCCAACCCUAGUCGUUAACUUCCGUUGUUUUUUUGUUUUUUAUAUCUGCAUCGUUUCUUUUUUGACUUCUUUUUUGCAUUCUUUUUAUUCGCAGCAGUGGCAGCUCUCGGCCACCAUAGAAAAAAGAUAGAAAUGGAAAAAAAGGAAAAAUCUUGCAGCUGCUUCCUUAUUUUUACGUACAAAAACAGCAGUAAAGAGCUCCGAUCCUCCUCCUGUGCUACUGUAGUGUCAUUAGUCUGAUCUCCAGCUGUCCUCCGCUGCUGGAGCUUCAGGACCUUAAACCCCGACGUCUGACCGCCGAUGCCCAGAUCACAGCGCUCCCCGUGUAGGUGCUAAUUUAGAGCAGAUGGCGUGUGGACGGCGAGCUUCAGAACUCCCAUCAACAGGAAGUGGUUUUGAAACGAAGGACAUCCCUGCUACAAAUCACAGCCUUUCCUGACUGGUGGCCGGCCUGUUGAGUCAUCCCGCUGAAAUAUGAUGUUAUUAAAGGAAAAGCUUGAGGAAAAUAUCAAACACCAAGGGGGAAGCAAUAAUAGGAUUUAUAUAUAACUGUUCCAGCACUUUUGACCCGUGUUUUUAUUCUCAUUUAAUUCUGCGCUCUGUUUCUCUGCGCUCAGUAGGCGUCGGUGCAUCAUCCUCGACCUUUGAAAUCUCUCCUCGACUUUAUGAAUAAUUUGUUUGCUUUGCUUCACUUAGACACCCUGCAGCUGCAGAUAAGGAUCUUAACAUCCAGCUGAAAAGAAAGACAGCUUCGAAAUAAGAAAACCAGCACCUGAGGCCAAAGUUCUUCUAGCUUCAGCGGCAGCAGGAGGAACAGAUAGUGAAGCCAAUUACAUGAGACUGGAAUCGCUGCAAGAGUUUGGAGUCAGUGGAAUUGGCACAAAAGUACAGGGGACAUAUUUUCAGAUUAAUGAUGAUGUACACUUGCUCAGACCAUAGUUAAAGCUUAAGUUUACUGGUAAUAGAUUUGAGUAAAUAUGGACAAAUUAAAGCAGAAAGAUGCAGCUUCUUAAUACAGAACCUGCCUUAGAAAAACGCUGUUUUUAAGUUUUCUUCAGCUAACAAAAAUUCACUGACAUUUGUUUCUACAUAAACAUCAAAAUCAAAAAUUGAGGAUUUUCUUUGGCAAUUCUGCUUACUUUUUAUGAUUUUAACCUCCAAGGCAUCAUGGGAAUUGUAGUGUAUGACAUGGAAAACCAAUAUCUUGAGACUUUUAGAGGACAUAAUUUGAAAUAACACCCUGAAAUCUUUGCAAACACCAGAGAUAGAAAGUCCAUCAGAACCUCAUUCAGAAAUACGCUGUUUUUGAGUGUACUUCAAAAUAAAGGUGCCAAACAAAACCUUUUUGUAAAAUCAUGUAAAUAUUUACAAUCAGGAGGUCCAUACAGAAAAUUCAGCGUAGUUUAAACAGUUACAGCUACAAAAGCAUCAUGGGAAUUGUAGUGUACAACAUGGAAAACCCGUAUCUUAGAACUGAAUAUGAUUCAGACGUUUAAAAGGACAUAAUUUGGAACGAACGCCCUAAAAUCUUUGCAAACAACAGCAGAGAUAGAAAGCCCCUCAGAACCUCACUUAGAAAUACACUGUUUUUGAGUGUACUUCAAAAUAAAAGUACCCAACAAAACUUUUUAAUAAAAUCAUGUAAACAUUCACAAACAGGAAGUCCUUACAGAAAAUUCAGCUUAGUUUAAACAGUUACAGCUACAAAAGCAUCAUGGGAAUUGUAGUUUUUGUGUGCAAGACUCAGUAACAACUGCCUGCUUUGAUUAUGAGUUAACUAAUUGUAAUUUUUAUGAGCAAAAUUGGAAAAUACGUCAGUCAUGACUAAAUAUAGCUUUGGAAACUGACACUUUUCUCUGCUUUAUUUAAUUUGAGUUAAUUUUAGGAAAUGUUUUGGGUGUUUUGGUCGAACCAAACAGGAAAUUUGAAGCUGGGGAAAUUCCAAAGGACUUAGUUUUGCUCUUUUCUUUGUAUCUAUUGAUAGAAUAUGUAAAUAACUGUCAACUGUAGCCUUUUUGUACUGCUCUUCUGCUUUCUCUACCGAGCGAUGAUUCAUGAGGGGAAACCGAAAGAGAGGAAAGUCUUCCCUCGGAGUACAAAUGUUGUGAUUUUUCCAGGGAGCCAUAUGCCGUCUUGUACGGUAGCCCAUUUGAGUUCAGCCCAGGGUGUAGGGAUGACUUCAAAGGCGGCGACUACACCCUGUGGUUAGCGUACAGCCAGGCGCACGCGAGCCGGAGCGUGCGCCCAACUUGGCAGACGCGCCUCCUUUGCCAUGCACUGUAGGGUAUACUGUAAAGCUAGCACACGCCCUCAGACUGGCGUAAAUAUAUUUAAGUCCAUAAAAACAGUGGGCUGUUGAGUUCUCACCCCUGAAUUCCCCUUCCCCCCUUGCAGUAAAAAAAAAAGAUACACACAUACACACACAGCAGCUCCACUUCCUGUCUGUUUCUCUCCCCUCGAAUCACGCCGCUGUUUUAAACGGGCCUCUCAGAGGCAUAUUUCACAUUUGAGGAAUUUCCUGUGUUCUGCUUAUAGGGAGGAAUGACAGUCCAAGAGUGUACACACACACUGACAGCAUGUGUGUGUGUGUCUUCAUGUUGUAUACAUGCGUAAGUAUGUGAGGAAGGAGAAAAUAUGCGCCCCAGAGAGGCCGUCUUGCUGGGAGGUAAAAAGGAAGGAUUACUUUACAUCCAUCAGAUUUAAUAUCACAUCCGCGGAGGUCCAGCUGUUGCGUACGAAGAGCGUUGGACCUGACUCUCCUCACAUGUUGUCGGUCGUGUUUUGAACGGCAGGGACGGCUCCGUCUUGGCAGAACGAGCGGCCCGGCGAUUCGCUCGUGGCAGUUUGCGAACAAGCAAAGCCGCACUUUCAGAAACCACUUAUGUUUGUACGCACUCAAGUGCUUUUCACAGGCCUUGAUGCAAUCGCGCUCUCUCCGGGUAAUGACAAGCAGCUGGGUUGUUGGGUAAUAGUGUCAGUGUCAUGUAAAGCAAACUGUUGCUUUCCCCUCAGAACAUGAAUGGAGGCUGGUGUUUUUAAUAAAUCAUCUGCUUUUGUGCCCCUCUUUCGAAAGAGCGGCUCUCACAGGAAGAAAUAAUCGACUAUUGAUUUUCUUUUUAGUGCCGCCAGCGCCCUCUUUUAUCAAAUCUUUUAUAGUAGAGGGAGUGUGCGGACAGACUUUUCAGCAGAGAGGUAACAAAGCACGGGGAAGAGUCCGCGGGUUUAUGAACGGGAUAAUCUUUGAACACUAAAUCCUCAAGGGGAGCUGAGUCUGAAGAAUCACAAGUGUCAGCGAGAGGACUGUGCAGAAGUGCGCUCACAUUUCUCCAGGAUUAAAGGUGGGGUAGGCAGGAAGUUUUCAACUCUAUAUCAACAUUUACUUCCAUCUUCAAAUCUAGUAGAAGCAGCAGAGCCUUCCUCGUUUCUCGGCUGAUCAUCCGCCAGUACGAGAAUCACCUUUUUACCCUCUUUCCUCUCCUUCUAGGAGUAAAACAAGUAUUUUUGUUUGCCUAUCUGAGUAAUUUUCCCACAUCCAUGAAAACCAAACCACAAAGUGUUAAAAAUUAUGAUAUUAACAUCAAUUUUUUACACUUUUCUGACUCCCGCUCGAACAAAAUCAAUAAUUCCCGAUGCCGUUUUUUUCCCUCCCUGAUGAUCAGAUCCUCAUGUUUGUUUUUGUGUCCUGAUCAGCAGGUCGAACAGGACAGAGCGCCUGGGCUUUGGUGUAGUGCUAUAUGCAUAGGGCUCUAAGGGGAUGUAGGAGGAUCAGCCUCUGUGUGUAGUCUAGCAGCUUUGAGAGGCCGACCCUUGACCUCUGACAAGAGUCCACAAAUAGCUUAUGAGAAAACAACAGCUAGGGAAGCGUCCUGUGAACGCAUCCUACUUCUGAUGUUAUUAACCAAAAUUUAACAUCUGGAACACAAUUACAGGUAGAAAAAGGAUCUUUUGGACUUAAUGUGUCGUCAUAAUCUGUAUUGAUCAGAUCAGAUCAGUUCAUAUUUGGUAAUUUACUCAAAGCAGUCAAAAAAACAAGCACGCCACACACUCUGGCCAAUUGGAGCAGUCGUUCGUUGUGUAAAUUCACUGGAAGUCUUCCCAGCUUCCACUGAAUUGCUCUUGAAUCCUCGGGGUGCUGUAGCGGUGAUCCGCUCUUCCUCAGCCGUUAACGUUCGUCUGCCAGUGGAGGAGAUUAUUAGGUCCAUGUCUGGGUGAAAGUAUUAACCUAGCAUUGAGUGCUAAUGCUAAUGGUUAUAUAUGAAAAAAAAAAGACCAAUCAGGCGGUUUUAAUUGCGGUUCGUCUCAAAUUUCUCUGUCCUCUUCUCCAUUUCGCCCCCGAGGCACUAACCCUAAUCUCUAAUCAAUAUCUGCAUUCACAUCCACCGCUCUCUGCUCCCUCUUAAACCCACAGAAGGUCACAUUUUUAUGGCCGGAGCUGGAAUAACAGCUUUUACGACACUUUAGUUCGACGAUGCAGAAGUCUGCGCGGUUGUUGAUUCGUUCUCAAGCACCUGCAGUAAAUCUGCUCGCUCAGAGGAACCCGGCUUGUGCUCACGCUGCGUUUCUUAAAAAGCUUGAGUCAUGCUCGCAGAGGGAGUCAGAGGAGGUGACGGCGGUUUGGAGACCAUGACACCACGGUUAGGACUGGAUUCAGAAAUGCGUUUGUAUUUUCAGAUUGUACCUGCACUUCUUGACUCAUAAAUGAAAUUAAAAAUAUAUAAUCCGAACUCCAAUUACUCCGCUCGAGCAAUGGUUUCGGGAAGAGCCAUCGUAUUGUAGAUUGAGCUAGAAAAGAAAGCAAAGCAGUACCAUGGAAACACCGCUGACGUCACUCGUGUGCGAGUUUUGGUUGAUUUUUUGGCGGGCAGACAUGAAAAUGAAAUGGCCCAUUUGGUUUCUCUUUUGGAUUCUGUCAGAGAAUCUUCAUUUAAUUUCUCAGUCAAAUUAUGUAGUUUUGACUUUGGAAUGAAAAAGGCAUACUGCAAAUGAAUUUGAAUUUUCACAUCUGGCAUUUUGAACUGAAUUUAGGUCCAUAUUUGCUGGGGCGUAUUCUGAAAAUUAAACCUUAAAUAGAUUUUUCUUUUACAUUUGAAUUAAGUUACAGAAUAAUCAGGCAAUUGCAGUUUGGAUUAUUUAUUUUUAAUUUUAUUUAUGAGUCAAGAAGUGCUGUUUAUCUAUUUUCAUUUGAUUACGAUACAGCGAUGGUUUGUUUUCCUGACGCAGCAGUUUACCGCUCCGUUUGUCAAAUAUGAUUCACUCUAACAGUUUUCAAAGUGGCGUUCGCGACCAAAACAGACUUCUUCACUCACAAUUUGACUUUCUGUCAAGCCGUGAAGUCUCCCGUCCAAAUCUGGAUGAAGGCGUCGAGGCAGAUUACACCCCAGCUUUUCGAUGAUCCAUUCGGCUAAUCCUGAUCAUAGCGAGUUGGCGGUGCCCCCCGUCUUACUGCUGUGGAGGGGGGGGGACAGGCAACAUCAGGCUGACCCACAAUGACCAAUUCCAAUACAGCGCUGAGAUUGACCUACCUUUUAAACACGGGAUUAAAUAAGAGGUUUUAUUCUCGCUCAUGGAUCGUACUUGAAGACAAACUCUUCAGCAACCCAACAUGACCUGUGUUCACCUUCCCGGCGAGUGCGCAUCUGAUGUGUGACGCUCCAUAUGUCCCGUUUUAACACGGCGUAAACAAAAACGUGUAAUCUGGUCACAGCCAGCUCAGCCUGCUGCUGCUGUGUCUGUUGUCAGCUCACUGGUGGUGAUGAACUGGCGUUCGCCGGACUAGCAUCUGCUCCCUGGCAGCGGAGAAGCUGAAGGGAGAUUAAACGUUAGCGUCCAGGCUAGCUGGCUCUGCAGCUUCAGCCCAGACCUGGUUGUCUAAUCAAGGCUGGCAAAAGGCCUCUCUAAGGACGGCUGGCGUUGACAGGGCUGUCUGCGCCUCUCUGAGCUUGCUCGCUCGCUGCUGUCCUUUUUUCCCUCACUGAGACUAAACCUUUCAGAGAAUGUAAAAAUAUGAAAACUAAUCUUGUAACUCAGUUUGACAGCAGGAUUAUUUUUCAGCUGCCUGUUUUAAUGUCUCAAUUGCAGAUCCAGUCCCCCUCCACUGACAGUUUGAUUACAGUCUUACUCCUUCAGAUCCUCCGAACGGGACGGGCUAAUGGUGGGACUGGGAGAGGAUGUGAUGUGGGAUGGAGGGAGCACGGCUGGCCUCCUCUCUCUUCCUCCUUUUCCUUUAAUUUUUGACGUGGUUUUGAGAACCCCAUGACUGGGUCCUUUGUGAGUCAGCCUCAGAGGUCUCUGUGGGGUUUGGCCAUCGUGUGAGGGAGUGUAUCUGACCACCGGUCUGGUCAAAUCAAACGCUUUCGUGGGCUAAUUUAUUUCUCUUUUAAAGAAUGGACUCAGAGGUCUUUGGACUAAAACACCAACUGGCAUUAAACACAGAACUGUACUGAGUUAGAGUCAAAUAAAGUUUUAAUAGAAAUGAACCUCCUUAUGCCAUUAUUAGGGGGAAGUAUAAAAAGAAACACUCAUAUCUACAAGACUGAAAAAAAUGGAAGUUAUGACCUGGAAAAAUAUGAAUUCAGUAUUUAUUGUCUGUUGGUUCAAGGACAGAAAAUAACAGUUGUGUUAUAUCUGUUGUGUAGAGUUUAACAUCAGGUUUUUGUACUUUCUAUGGAAAAGCUAGAUCCCUAAACACAACUCACCUACUCUCUUCCAGCAGCCGCUUGUUAAUAUGGAGACCUCAGGCCAGUCCAUUACAGACUACAGCGGGGUGACGCAGCUCAAGGAAGAACAUUUAUGAUCAUUUCUUCAUGGAAAUACAAUCAGACCGAGAUGCUUAGGCAGAAGAACUACUACGUCUGCAGUGAAAAAAAUUUAAUAUGGUGAUUAUUACUUAAAGGAAAUGAUAAAGAAAUGGUCAUAAAUGUUCUUCCUUGAGCUGUGAAACUCCGCUGUAGUCUGCAGUGGACUGGCCCGAGGUCUCAUCUCGUUCAAAUCCUCAACAUUUUUUUGCUGAAUUUCCAACUGCAUGUCUUUUGGACUUUGUACGGAUCAGAGCUAUCUUCCCAUAAACAGAAAAGCUGAACACAGUCAGACCCUGUCAAACUCUGCUUCCUCUUCUCUUUCAGAUCUAUUUUGGUGUCCUCUAGUCUACGAAAAAAAUGAUGUCUGGUUCAAAUAUACUCAACAUUUUUUGGAGGAUUUCCAACUUUAUGCAUUUCCGCCGUUUGUUGCUGGGCAGAAAAUAUCACAUUUUGAUUCCAGGGACGUAGCUUCCUUGAUUAUGCUAAAACCUCAUUUGUAGUGUUGUCGUUUUCAGCUCAUGAAUCCAGAGGGAUGAGGGAUUUUAGUGCGAAAAGUUUGUAACUUUAACGUCAAGUUUGUGGAGAAGGGAUGAUUAUAAAGUACACGGAUAAAAACCAAACUCCCCUUAAAUCCAGAUCAUCCCAAAACAUGUUAAUUUAUCCAGCUGUCCGCGCUCACACUCAUUCAUUCUCUCCUGCUCUAAAUUCCUCUAUUUAUUCACAGCUCUGACAACUGUUGUACUUUGCCUGACGAAUGGCUAAACACUGGAAUCAUUGUGAGCCUCUGGUCUAUAAAUAUAUUUCAUUUCAUGUGGUUUGAGGCUGGAGUAAGGAGCAGGGGGAAUUAGGCUUUCAGUCAGUGAGCGCUACUGAGUUGUGUGCUUUGGAUGGGCUCGUCUGGCUUCUGCAGUCUCUCUCUCAGACCCUCUCUUUCCCCCUCUUUUUCCACUCUCUGCCUUUGUUUCAGUGCUAUACCGCUGCAGUGGGCCAUGCCUGCAAAUGAGCACGAGGACAGAGCAAUUAUUCAGCACGGGGGCAAGCCCAGCACCCCUCUGUUGUUUUUCAUGUCAUGUUCAAAUGUGUCAUGAAUUUAUUAGAAACAAAAGAGCGCUGAUAGGUGAAUGAAAUAUGCAUCUCUCUCUCUCUCUUUCAUAUCCAUUUCAAACAUGCAUUAAUGAGAUUGACACAUGAACACAAACAUACACAUCUCUUCCUCCCAUCCCCCCUUUUUUCCAGUCUUCCCAGCGCCGUAGAGAUGCUGGUUUGGUUGUGGAGGGUGCGCUGGUGCAAGGAGAGAGGGGAGGAGGAGGGUGGGUGGAGAUUUUUUUUCGUGAGACAGCAUGCCGGUUGGCUCGGUGUGUGUGUUUUCGUGAGCUGCAGCGGCGUGUGUGUGAAAAAGCAGCAGUCGUGUCUCUCGGUACCCCCCUCUGUAAUUUCUCCCUCCCUCUCAAUCUCUCUUCAAUUCUGUCUCUUUCGCAGAAGCCGCUGCCCUACCCUCCCCUCGAGCCCUCUUCACGGACAUAAAAAAAAAGAAAGCUGGAGUGACUGCCGUCCCCUCCAGGUAAGACGCUGCUUUUCCUUUCGCUUGUUUGCCUUCACAGCUUUUGUUUUUCUCCAUCUUUUAUUAACGUCUCCACGCGCGUUAUCAACCGCCGCUGACAUUUGAAAACAACAGAAUAGAGGAGCUCAUAUUCUGAUGAGCCAGAGGUUGUUUCAGUGUUUUGGUGACCUAUAGUCUUUGUGACGUACCCCGUCUAGACAUCACUGAUUAUUCAGCCAGGAGGACGUCACAUUUCACCCUCAGAGUGGAGAGCAUCAUUUCAAUUCAAAACAAUGAUACAUUUAGAGGCUGAGGCUGGGGCUGGGGGCACGCGGGCCAGCGGCGGUUAGCGAGUCACAGCCAACAGAUUGCCGGUGGUUUUCUUCGUGGGGAGUGACACCGUGCCAAGCGAGACCGCAGGACACAUAUCUGCCUGUCAGCGUCUGCGUAUCUGGCGGUGACAAGUUUGCUGAAGGGUGAGUUUGGGCGGAGUUGAAGGGCGGAUGGUUUUGAUCGUAGCAGGUGGUGAUGGAGUGGCGAGACGCUUCCUCCGACUCCCAGACUUUACUUUAGCUUUUUUUUUUAUUCCGCGUCUUUCGUCGCCCUCAUUUUCAUUUUUGCUCUGUCUGACUCUCUUUUCUGUCGUUUUCUUCUCUGAGUUAAGUCAGGUUAGUUAUUUCGCCCGUUCUUGACCAAAUAACCUCUUUUUAGGAUUAUCUAUCAGCUAUCUUGAGUAGUUUUUGACCUGUCCUGCUAGCUUAAAAAGGCUGCUCUGGAUUACGACUCAAGCGGUGAAUAAACCCAAAGAAAUUUAAUAACUGAGAAAGAUCCUAAAGUGAGAGGGUUUUAUCUAUCUGGGUAAAUUUCCACAAACUUCCCAUGGAAAGUGAAGCUGGGAAAUUUUCGAAAAUCAUCCAAAUUGGAAACUUUCCAUGGGAAUUGUUGGGAAUUUACAGGAAUUAUUGGUAAUUUAUGGGGAUUAACUGGAAAUUGGGGGUAAUUUAAACCAAGUGUAUCAUAUCUAAACAUAAAUGUCAGUAUUUUUCCUUCAAAAUAAGCACGCGUGAAAUGCUUCCACACAUCAGAUGGCAAAAAAUGCUUGUAAAAACACUAAAGCAAUGGCACAAACUGAAAUAUAGUUGGCUAUAACAACUGCAAUGGUCUUUGAAAUAUUUGACAAUCGAUGUAUAAAUGAUUGUAUGGUUACAGAAAACCAUCUUGCAGGAGUCAGAAGAAACAGCAUCACCCAUACCAUAAUACCUAGCCCCUCAAAUGGUCAAUGAAAUGACAAAUAACUUACAUUUAACACCUAUUUUUAUUCAAGUUUUGCAAGUUAAAUAUCAAUACUUUUACAGAUCAAAUAUAAUAUAUUUAUUCCCGGAAUUUUGCUACCCUAUCGGGGGUUAAUUGAGGUUGAAUUGAUGGAUCAUUGUUGAUCCGUCUCUGGCCUCUAAUCCAUUUCUGUCAGUGGAAAAGUAAGAUGUGUUUGUCUGUGACACGGUGCCAGAAGCCACCAGGAUGUCUGUCACAUCCACAGUGACGUGCCCCCCAGUUCACCUCCAGCCCCCAUCUUCUCUCGAUCUAACUCUGCCUCCGUGGUUGCUGGGCAGGGAAGCUCCAAGGCGAGCUGUCCUUUCCUGGGAACCAGUUUUGGAUGACAUGCCAUGGCGUAGGGAAGAGGGGGGGCACAUGCGCCCUCUCAGUGUCCUCAUUCCUGGGGUCGUAAAUGAGUCCCGUCCCCCCAAUUAAUCCAUCUCCCCCUUUUAUUUGCUCGUGCCCCCAGAGCGAGGUCGUGGUAGGCACGGAGGCUGUUGUAGGUGCUCUCAGGGCAGAACCGGUGGGAGAGAGGGACAUUGUUAGGGAGUCAACACCGCCUCUUGUUAGCCAGCGAGACCUUUGAGCGAAACGGAGAUAAAUGUAGGUGUAGAGAGGACGGAAAUGCCAAGUGUGAAAGAGACGGGCAUUGUUCGGAAAGUUUGACUUUUCCAGCUGUCUUUUGGGACUUUGAAUCCAGACCGAGAGUCGUGUGUAGAAAUCUGUUAUGAAGUUUAUUCAGCUGGUCGAACACCAGACUUGACUUUGACAGAACGCCCCCAAACGGAUAUUCCAGCGUGAAAUUGAGUUAGCGUCAAACACACCAUAACACCGAGUUCGACACCUCCUUGAGAGAUGAAUGUUGCUGACUGCUUGCUUCUCUAGUUACCAUAUUUUUUGGGGGAUAAGACGCACCGGAUUGUAAGGCGCAUUAAGCAUUGAUUGGUUUAUUGUUGCUAGCACGUACUUGUGCGCAUUGUACCACUUAAAACCGUUCAGUAAGCACAUUAAGUAAUUAUGCAUAAGGCGCACUGUCAAUUUUUGAGAAAAUUGAAGGAUUUUAAGUGCGCCUUAUAGUCCAAAAAAUACAUUAUACCAACUUUAGUAGCUCACCUCACGAUAGCAAAACACAGUGGUCUACGUCUUCAUGCGCAAACCUCAACCAAAACGAUACUCUAUAGCCACAAAUAAUGCUCAGAACAGCACCUAACUUCAUCAACAGGACAUAUAGGGUCACAGCCAUAGUACUAGCCACCAAACAUCUUUUUAACUUUGACUAAUUUCUUUAGCAAAUAGACUAAACACAACCCACCUACUCUCUUCCAGCAGCCGCUUGUCUGUGGGGAGAGCCCUGGCGAGUCGAUCACCAAGUGCAGCAGAAAAUUUAUGAUUACUACUUCAUGGAAAUGCAAUCAGACUGAAAUGCUAACCUCCAAUUUCCACCGCAUCCUAAACGGCUACGAAAAGCUGAUCGUAACCAUUCGAGUUAAUGUGUCAAUUUCCACCGGCUUCUUUCCGUUCCUCUGCGGAUCGGCGGACCCCACAGCUGAUCGCAAGAGUUCCAAUUUUUCUGGAUGCCAGAGCAUAAAUGGCGGAUAAAUUCAGCACAGAUCAACCCGUGCUGGAGAGGAAGUCAGGCACAGACACAAAAUAAAACAUCUACUACACAAUCUACUGCUUAUAUGGUUAGCCUAUGUGGCUAAAGACAACUUGUUAUUGCGCAAUUGGAUGUGAAUCUGCAGGUUUUUGUGAGUUCUUUCCCGCUGCUCGUAAUCUGUCAUGAAAUUCGCCUCACAAACAGAUCCGGUGGGAAUUUGGGGAUGGCGGAAAUCCCCGCUGUUCUGGAUUGGACCCGUUCCAGAUGCAGUGAAAAUUGAAGGUCAGGCGUCUGCAGUGCACAUACAAGAUACACAAGAACUCUGAUUGCGCUUCCAUGAAGUAAUCAUAAAUGUUCUUCCUUAAGCUGCGAAACUCCACCGCUUAAGGAACUCCAAAAUUUACGCCCGAAUGUCCCUUUAAAUCCAGACCAAGAGUCGUUUGUACUCACAAAGGCAUGAACGAAAAAUCUAUGAUGAUGGUUAUUCAGCUAGUCGAACACCAGACUUAACUUUGACAAACCCCUCCCCCUCUAAGUGUCUAAUGAGGAGUGAUACGUGAUGGCAGCUGAAUCAAACAGACAAAGUGAUACUUUAGAUUCAGAAUUCAAAACAACGUUCCUGGACUUCUGCUCUUUUUUAACACCUUACACAUUCUCAAGUGGGAAAAGGUCCUCUAAAUGUGAAAUUCAACUCCCCAGGGUCCUUUUCGGGCAGCAUUGAGUUUUCCAGUCGAUUGGUGAAUGUGUAUCUGAUACGCCAAAGCCACUCAGGCGCGCACAUCCAUUUGAAUCCAGACCAGUUCUCCCACCUGUCUCCGCUUUUAAAGUGCAGCUGCCGCCUUCAGGGCACAAAAACCCGCACCUGGUCCUGCCUGGUUUACACAACGCUGCGGGGAAGAGUGCAUCUCGCAUGUGUUUGAGCUUGUAGAUGAUGUGACUGGGGUUUUACAUUUCAAGUAUGAGAAAUAUGUGAAGAGUGUAGAAAAUAAUAGACAUGCUGAUCUGAAAAUUAAUGCCCGCUUGAUUACUCCUCUGUCGCCAUAAUGAGGACGUAUCGCUCUGAAAUGCAAAAUCAUAUCAGUUUAAUUAUGAAUAAUAAUAAGCUUUGUUUAAUGUUAAGCUGAAAUCUCUUGUAUUGCAGUGUCUGUUCACAGUAACCUCUCCAUAAUUCGACUAUAUUACAGUUAUGUUUUGAGAUUUUAUUGUGAUUUAUUCCAGUGGAGAAAAAAAUCGAUUUUAUCACAGCUGAAGUAAGUCUGCUCCUCUCUUGUGUAUUCAACUCUUAGAUUAAUUUUUCAGCCUCUCUCUCGCUCUCAGCGGAGUUUGGCUCGUUAGAAAUCCUUCUCGUUUCUCUCUUCCUUUUCGCGUUUUGCCCACCUGCGAGAGCGAUCCAGAGGCCGCCGCAGAGCAAACAGGUUCAGGACUUGGUGGAGAGUCGUGAUCAGAGGAGAUGAGGUGAAUCACAGAUGCGAUUACUCACCAACUCAGGUUGAUUAUUUAAAAGUCGAUGAGGUGAGGCGAAAGCUCGGAGCCACUUCUUACAUGUGAAUGAGCCGCGGAUUGUUAAAAGGAAAUAUAAAAGUUUAAUAAUCCUCCUCAUCUUUACUCCAACUUUGAUCUCUUUAACAUGUGUGUGUUUGUGUAUUUGUACGGAGGACUGCAUUGGCCUGAGGUAGUGGGUGUGGAGAGACAAGAAGGCUGUCUGUGUGAAUUAUAGAUGAGGAAAUAGGGGGCGAGGGCCAAGUCAGAGGGGGAUGAAAGAGACCUCAGAGGAGUCGUACUGCCAAUUGUGGCAGCCGGACCCUUGGGUUGGACCAAAACUGUUUCUAGCCGAACCAGUGCAGCUUCACCGGCGACGUUUGUUAGCAUAAAUUCAGACAGAAAUUGGACAGAAAGGCAGAAAUACUGUUUCUAAAAUAAUCACAUAAUUGUUGAUGUUGUAAACUUUUACCAUUAUACCAUCUUAAAAGAAAAACGGCGUAAAAGAAAUGGCGUGAUGACCCUCUGCCGUGAAACUUGGCAGCUUGUUUCCCCUCACUCUCAUUUCCCAGCGGUCCUAUUAAUUAAAGGCAGAAACACCCCAAAAAAUAACUCGAAAAUAAGAAAACUACAUGAAGAAAAAGUAGAACAACACACUUGACACCCUGUUAGCGGAGCUCACAUAAGCUUUAUCCACUACUAGCUAAGUUUAUCGUAAGAGCGGGUUACAGGGGAGGUAUAAAUACGUGUUUAUCAAUGCUUCGUUCUAGUUACCUCUGGAGUGGAAUGUCAGAGCUGAGAAUGACGUUACCCUUUACAAACACCAAAGAACCUAAAUGCCCUCUAAUGUUCGUAAAUUUGUUUCAUUUUGUGACUUUUUCCGCUACCUUUAAAUCUUGUGCCAAAAAAUAAAUAAAUUACACCACGAAAAUGAAAACAGUGAAAGUGUCGGGAAAUGCUUCAAACUAUUUGAAAUCAAAUGAUCAAAAACUCCAAAGAAGUUUCUUGAUGACAGGAAAAACUUUAGAGGGGCAGUAUAAAUACGUGUUUAUCAAUGCUGCGUUCCAGUUACCUCGGAAGUCGAAUGUCGGUGCUGGGAAAGACGUUACCCCCGAAUUGACAGUGUUCCAGUUAACAAGUCGGAAAACCAAGGUGGACGCCUACAGUUACCAGUUGUUAUCUGUUGUUUACAAUUGUCAGCUGUUGUUCGCCAUUAUCAGCGGUUGUUAGUUGUUGUUAGCUAUACCAGUUGUAAAUAACGUAUAACACAGUAUUUUACAAACACCAUAGCACCGUGUUCACAGUUAGACGUUGGGCAGUACAACAUAACCCACUUAUUUAAUUUCAUGAAAACAAAACGAAAGUGCGAAUAAAUAAUACCUUACGAGAGCUUUCACUGUUACGCUUUACUGUUGAUGCACUGCGCUGCCAUCUUUGAUAAUGAUGUUGUCGUCAAGUCGGGGUUGGCGAGGAUCGUCAGACUUUUCGAGUCGGAAAUCCAACUUUGGGGGUCAUUCCAGAUGAAUUUGAGACUCGGAGCUCGAAAAAUUCCAAAAACAAGAUUCACUAACACUGCAAAGAAUCAUGUUGUUUUGAAAGUGGCGUAAGAGUUCUGUUAGCUUUUGGCUAAUGUGACCUCAGCUUUUAUCAGUUACGGUUUUACCUAUCCUGAAAUGAUCAGACGUUUCCCUUGAAUUUCACUAUUUUUUACAAACUGAUAGUGUCCAGAGCACUUUUCGUAAGAGUUUGAAGAGCCGAAAUGAUUUAAAGCCUCGGUAAAUUCGGCCCAUUCUUGCGGAGUGCGAUGUCAGAUUCAGUGCUCCGUCCCUCCUCUGAAAGCUGGUUUGAAAAUGAUUGGUAUUGAGAUUUGUGUAAUGAAAGUCCUGCAGGCUGAGGGAUCAAUACACCAGAAUUAACGGAUUGCCUCUAAUGCAGAGUGCGCUGCUCGAUAAAAAUGAACCCGAUAAUCCUCCAAAAAGCUCUCUAUGAUGUUCCUCUUUAUCGCUCUCAUCUCCUCGCUCAUUUCAGCAAAGUUCAAGAAGGUUUAUCUGCCGUUUUCGCUCCGACGCUGAGAUUAGGAUUCAUUUCCUGUUCGACUCCUCUGCGAUGAUGAAGUCAAAUCUGUGGAUUAGGUCAGUCUUUGACCUCCUUACCCUCCUUCCAAUAUUCUUGACUUUUCCACGUCUCCGUCUUUUCUGUCUCGCCUUCUGCUUGACCCAUUUGGCCCUCCGUUCCUCCUGGGAAGAGACGUGCAGGUCAGGCUGGAAAAACAUCAACAACAGGACUGAAGAUAAAUCACUCGAUUGUUCGCCAUCAGCAUUGAUGGAAGAGAUAAUGAAUGACUUUAGAGUUGAGAUUUAACGUCACAUGAGCGAGAAGAAGUCAUUUAAUAGCAAUGAUAAAACAGAAAAGGGAGUUUUCUUAGUAAUUCCUUAUUUUCACCCGAUUAAAACCAAUUCUCUUCAGUCUAAGUUCUACGUAUUAAUGACUUUCUAAUGAGAGAUUGUGAGGAAAAACUGGAUUAUCUCGUAUCCAGAGGGCCACAUGCUGUGUGAACAAAGAGUUAUAAGCAGCGACAGUUAAAAGCACGAAUUCUUCUCAGUCUAUUUCUGUCAAACUUCUGAUAUUUUAAGGUUCGGCAGUAGCCUCAAACGUCUCUACACAUCCAUCCCCUUUUCUUGUCUCUUUGUUUUUCUAAGCGAAACUUCCCCGACUGGCCCCCAAGAAGAGAUAUGACCGCCUGUUUGACCUUAUUUUCUCUCCCCCUCUCUCUCUCUGUGUAUCUUACUAUUUUGGUCCCUCUCACUUCCUGUCACUCAGUUUAUAAUGCUGACUUGUUUCCACUUAAAUCCAUCAUUCCUGAAAUAAAAGACCAUAAAUUGUUUGGCUUUGCAUGAUAAAGGUUGAGGAAAACAACCCAAAAACAAUUGUUUGAAAUAGUUUUGGAAACUCUUUAUUUUCAAAUUUCAUCUCCAUAUUUCUUCAGAAACCAACAAACAUUUUGAAAUCAUUUACCCUCGUUAAAACCUCAUUAUUUCUCUAUCAAGCUGAUUGCCCCAAAUCGCUAAAUCACCUUUAAUCCAUCGAUGUUGCCAAAGCUUAAAUGAGAUUUAAAGCAACAAAGUUAAUUGAUACCGAGCUGAAAAACAAAAGCUGUUUUUUUUUACUUCUUAAGUCUUCUCAGUGGUUCUUAAAUAGCGUUUAUGAAGUUUUUAGCCAAAAUCACGUUACCUGUAUCAUUUUCUUCUGCAGAGCUCCAGUAGAUCAUUAGCAAUUCGCCUCUGGACAUGAUUAAAGUUAGCAUCAUAAUUAGCUUUCUUAUGAGUAUUGCAAUCCACUAACGCUAACGCUUGUUCUGCAAUCGUCCUCUCUACUUCUCUGAGUCUGGCCUGCAUAGAGGGGCUCUGGGGGCGGAGCUUCGAUUUGUGACAUAGGAAAUCUCACUGAAUCUGAUCCUGCCGUUUGGGUCGACCAGAGAUUCACGGUGAUUUGAAUGCAAAAAUAUUCAGAAAAGUAAUUUUGCACUUAGUUUUCUCAUGAUAUGUCCUGUAGCAUCAGAAAAAUGAACAUGUAGACAAUGAAAAAAAUGUGAUUUUGAUCGGAGUGGGUCUUUUUAGUGCAAAAACUGCAGUUCCUUGAGUGUCCACUUGAGGCUGGCUGAAAAAAGCUGAGUGAUCCCCAUUAACGGCCAUUUUUUACAGCAAAAAUAAACAGCCUGGUACAAGUACAGUGUGUCAACUUUAGUAUUCAGCAUCUGUACACACUGUAGCGGUCGUGAACCGUUUCAAAGUUUUACAUAAAUUUGCAUCUUUGUUGUUGAGAUCUUAACAGAGCAGACGGACAGGUGUUUUCCAGAGAGCCCGCUCCAGCACCUGGUCUUAGUUUAGGUUUUGGUUAAUCGAAAGUCCGUCAGUGUUUCCAAUAUGGCGUCUGCUAUUGUUCGGCAUCUGUUCAGGAACCAGUGCUUGACGUCACAGUGACCACGUCCAUGCCUUACAGCCAAUGACGGACACACCGCCAAACCAGCAUUUCGGAAAAUGGAAAAAAAACAUCAAUUCUCUUUUUUUCAUUUAUUUAUUACGUCUUUCCUGUAAAAGUCACGAAAAACAAAGAAUGAGAAAAACAUGUUUUUAUGGAAAAUAAAAAAUCCAAUUUGAUAAAGAAAACAAAACACAAAAAGAGUUCAGUCAUAUCAAAUCAAAAGCAUGUUGGUGAGGUUAUGAAAAUGAGUUAACAUGGAAAGCAUGACCGCGUGAUCAAACCGUAACAAACAGAGAAAUUCGAUUUAAUCCCAGCAACAAAAAGGCUUCUGCUUACCGUAACCUCGAUUAAACAAAAACAAAGUUCACCGCGGCAGGAUGACAGGAGUUAAUCGUCAUUUCAAGUUGUCCCUUUUCUAGAAAUAUCUGCAUUUCCUCCUCUUUGCUCUUCACUCCAGGCCUCCUUCUCCCUCCUCUGUCAUAAAUCAACCUCCUUCCUGUUUGGAGAAUCUCCGCUCUGCUCUUUUUUCCCUCUCUUUUUCAUCCAGCUGCCUGUUUUGGCGCCAGAAUCCCAUUGACUGUGGCUUCACACUGUUUUAACGUUAACAGGAUGCUCUGUUUCUUUAUUUUACCUCCAAAAGCUGGCUGAACGUAUGUGCAAAUCUGUCUUUCUUCGUUGCUGACUUAAGCUUUAACUCAUCCCCUGGCUCUGCCCCAGCCGACCAAUCCAAGCGUUUGACAAAAUCUCAAAAACAGCUCACUAGAAAGGCCGUCUUACUCACUUUUUAUCGCUUGUUCCUGAAAAAUCAUCUUACUUUUCUUGGCUUUGGUUGCCUUGGAAGCCGCCCAAAUGACCUCUAGUUUUUCAUUUUUGCUGGCUGGAGUCCUUUUAAUUUAACGUUUGGGUUUUCUUUAUCUCCCACUCACUUUUCCAUAUUUUUUGGACCGUAUUUUAUGCUUAAAUCCUGUAUAACUAAGCCUGAUACAGAAGAAAUGGGUAACCCAGCUCCUUCUACCAGAAAUCAUUAACAAAAUAAUCAAAAUUCCUGACACAGUCCUGCGAUGACACUCGUCACAGAGCCGAACAUCGUCACGAAUAAAGGGAUUUACAUGUAAAUUUGCCCCCCUGAAAAAAAGAGAUUGUCUUCGCUGCUUUGUUGUCGUCGCACAGCUCAUCACAGAGGCUUAAAAAGAGACACAUGGCCACACCGGGGUUCGGAUUAAUAUCAGCGGCAAACUCCAGGUGACGCAGCAAAGCUGUGUGUACACGCAACGCUCCAGGACAGCUGUGUUUAGCAGACGGCUUUGAGAUUUUCUGGUUUUGGAAAAAAUCCACGGUUUGAUUCUGGGCUAGCGCGACUGGUGUGUGGAUUCAGAGGGGGGCUUCAGCUUUGAUAGACUAUUGAUCUGAUUCUACUGAUGCCCUAACAUGCACUCUGUUUCUGUUUUUUUCAUGCAGGUCUGAGCAGACCCUCCAUCCCAGCGUUUGUCUGUUUCAACCAUCAGUGAAGGCCGCACUUUGA